AUGGAACUUCGAAACAGGGAAGCAAAUCUUCAUAAAGAAAAUGUUACUUUGUCCGGAAGCAGCAGUCUAGAAGAUGUCUUCAGUUCCUGUGAGGCACAGGCGGUAUCAGUUUGUAGGGACACCACCAAGACUUCAGGUGACUACAUUCGAAGACGAGGUUAUACAGAGUCUUCACUUCUGAAGCUUCCCACAGAGGAGUGCAUUGGGAGCCACCAUGCACCUUUCCAGUUUGAUCGGCAUGCUCUGGCCAGAAUUUCCACUUCUCCAACUUUAAGGCGUCUAAGGAUGGCCUCUGCCUCACAAGCACUGUCAUUUCAGGACUGCUCUGACACAGCUCAGCUGGGGAAUCAAAAGGAAUACACCAGCUCUCUCCACCACAUUUGUAAGUGUCCACCUCGGUGCACUACAACUUCCUCAUUGUCGUUGCCUUCUUGUGUCCAUGCAAAACUACUGUCUUCCAAAGCCAAGUCUGAGACAACUAUAGCAGAUCCAGAGUCUACCAGCCCUGAAUCAAAGCUGACAAGCCAAAAAGAUCCUCGCAACAGUGGUGGUCCCAACAAGACACUCCAAAACUCCUGGAGAGCCAACUCUGCUACUCUGCCUAGGAGAUUCCCCUGCCCCAGCCCUGCACAACAGGAGGGUGUCCAGGGUAAAGACAAACAGAAGCAAGCAUCUGAUCUGGAAAACUGUCUUUCAACUGUUAAGAUAAUAGACUGCAGCACAUACGAAUUUUUCUGCUUUAAGAGUAAAUCUUGGCAUGAAUUUAUAAAGGCGCAACAGACUGAGCAGAAAGAUGUCAACAACCGGUUAGAAGUGAAAAAAGAAGCAGCAGUGUGGGAACUUUUCACAAGUGAAUGUACUUACUUUCUGGAUCAUUUGCUCGUUCUCAAGAUGAUAUUUAUGAACACUCUAAAAUACCUCCAGAGUAAUGAAUUUCUUCUGGAUGUGGAUUUGUGGAGACUUUUCGCAAACUUAGAGGAGUUAAACAAGAUAAGCCUCAGCUUUCUGAAAACUUUUUUUGAAACCGUGAGGGACCACGUAUGCAAGUCAGACUCUUCUAUGGAUUUCAGCUCCAUGCUCAGAAAGUUUUUCCAGGGUGACCUCUGCCAGACACACCAGAUUUAUUGCCUUAAUUAUACCUCUGCUGUAUUCUACUUGGAAAACCUGAGACAGAGAGAAGAUUUUGGCAUCUACCUGAAAUGGUGUGAACAAAACAAAGAGUGCAAGAGGCUACAUCUACCGGAGCUUCUGGUUGCUCCUUUGCAUCGCCUAACACGCUAUCCCCUCCUCCUUAACAACAUCUGGAAGAGGAGCACUGAUGAAACAGAGAAAGGUUUUAUCCAGUCACUUAAGGAGAAGGUGGAAAAGUCCAUACGGGAUCUGGAAGGUAAAGUCAAGUGGUUGGACAACUUUCAGAAGUUCAGGCAGCUGCAAGAGGUCAUAAUUUGGCCUCAGGUCUGGGAUCGUGACAAGAGAUUUUUUGUCCCAGAGUGUUUGAAGCAAAGCUUAAGAGAAAACAGCAGUGAAAACAUUUUGUCUUCAGCAAACAGACUUCUCCUUCAUGAAGGGAGACUAACACUAGCAGAAAGCACAAGACUCCUUGAUGUCUACCUCUUCCUAUUCAAUGAUUUCCUAUUAAUUACCAAAAUUAAACGUAACAGAAAGAAAUACGGGGGCUCAGACACCAGCUUAAUCCCUGUCUGUCCUUCCCUCACUCCUGAGCUGCAGUCCUUCAUAAGAGAGGGUGGGUUUUGCAUAGUCCUAGACCAGCCCAUCCCGCUAGACAGACUGAUACUGAAAAAUGUUGACCCUGUCCACGUUACAGUCUUCAGCCUGCGAAAUGCUUUCCUAAUACAGCAUGAAAAUAGGUAUCGUCAGUGCAUAGCAAUCUUCUUGCUACAAGCUCAGACAGAGACUGCCAAGAAAACAUGGAUGUCACAGAUAGAAAUGGCAGUCUCCAAUUACACCACGCAACAUGAAACCAAGAAAAGCACUGCUUUCUGCUUCCCAGCUGAAUCCUCUGAAAUUUAA